UAAGAGUGUGAGUAGGCGGGCUUUAUGAGGAGCACAGCUGAGCACAGAGCUGCUGAGCGGCGGAGAUUAAAACUGAUCCUGGAGUCUGUCUCAGCGGUCGGACCACUGUUUUUGGAGCUUUUCCAGCUGAAAUGAUUGCUUCAUUUGGCCACCAAGAGUGAAGGACAUUUCAAAUCAUCAGCUGCUAUUACUUAUUGUUAAUUUCGUCGCGGCGGCGGUGAAAAUAAGUCCAUAAAACACAGGACUGCAGAUGGGUCAGGGAUUGUGGAGGGUGGUGAGGAACCAGCAGCUGCAGCAGGAGUACAGCGAGCAGUGCUUCCUCCAGCGCGAGCGCCGACGCAGGAUGGGCCCGUUGCUGGCCGAGCCACAGCCACAAUCGCGUCGGACACCACAAUGCCAGGUUCCCGGCUCAGACAUCGGCCAGCUGCUGCGUGCCCGCAAGGGCAAAGAGCAACAAGGCUUCAUAGACCUGGAGAUGCUGCCGCCCGAGCUCAGCAUCACCAUCCUGUCAUACCUGAACGCCACUGACCUUUGUCUGGCUUCCUGUGUGUGGCAGGACCUUGGCAACGAUGAAUACCUGUGGCAGGGGCUGUGCAAGUCCACUUGGGGUCACUGUUCCAUAUACAACAGGAGGCUUCCUCCUGGUUUCUCCUACAGAAAGCUCUACAUGCAACUAGAUGAAGGAAGUCUGACAUUCAACGCUAACCCUCAGGAGGGUAUCACUUACCUCAUGUCCAAAGCCAUUCUUGUGGACCACCCGAAGGAAAUUGCCAAGUUCAUAUUCUACACCAGAAUGCUGAAUUGGAAGAUGCUGCGGAUUUACCUUGAUGAACGACGAGAUGUACUUGACGAGCUGGUCACACUACAUAACUUCAGUAACCAGUUCCUGCCCAAUGCGCUGAGAGACUUCUUCAGACACAUUCACGCCCCAGAGGAGCGAGGGGAGUACCUGGAGACCCUCAUUACCAAGUUCUCCCACCGAUUCUGCGCCUGCAACCCUACGCUGGUCAGGGACGUGGGCCUGACUCCAGAUGCAGUGUACGUGCUGUGCUACUCGCUCAUCCUGCUGUCCAUCGACCUCAGCAGUCCGCAUGUGAAGAACAAGAUGUCCAAGCGAGAGUUCAUCCGCAACACCCGCAGGGCAGCGCAGAACAUCAGUGAGGAUUUUGUGGGUCACCUCUACGACAACAUCUAUCUGAUAGGCCAUGUGGCUGCCUAACCUGACUGCACGCGUGCAGGCUGGCCUUGCUUGGGAGACACAGCAGGCCAAUAAAACACUCAGCCAUGGCACUGAUACGCAUUCUGCUCUAUGGCAAAAGCAGGGGGUCAGAGGGUGGCCAGUCAUCUUAACACUGUGUUUUAGAAGUGGUUAUUAGGAUGUGCAGUGCAGCGCCUUACAGUAGCGGAGUUUUAGGGAAAGCCAGAUGACGACGACAACAACAACAACAAAAAAAAUAAAAAACAUGGGAUGCUGUAAGCAGCCUAAAGCUUACCGAGAAAGGUAGCAACACGGUUAACCCCUUAAACUGCAGGCUUAUUGUUCAGUUAUUAAAGGAAAACUUCUGAAUUUUUUUUAACCUGAUCUCAGUCUGCUGCUUCUGUUGCAUACAAUUGAUGGACAUUAGUUUCCUGUACUUAGAAAAGAACCAUAAAGCCUGUUUGCUUAUUAUAGAAGCCAGUGGGCAGGUUUUUAAUUCGACCCAUUUCCCAUUGUCCUCACAGUCUUGUAUAGUAUAGUCAUGUACUAAAAUUUGGCCCCCCAACAUGUCAUUGGAUGGGGGGGAUGUUAAAACUUUUACAUACAGCUGUGUGUUUCCCUUCUUUUGUAAGUAUGGGAGAAAUGAUCCACCUUUGUCUGCUAUUGUCUGUUAUUGUAUGUGCUGCAGAGGUCAUGUUAAAAAAUCUUGAGCCUUAUUAUUCAGAAACUACUUUGAAUUAUUUAGUGUUUACUAUGGAAUUAAUAUGUAAGCGGUGUAGUUACGAGAGUGGGAGGUCCACAUACAGGUCCUUGCAGUGUAAGAGGUUAAUCGAAACCACCUACAGCUUAACCAUGUAGAGCCCUGUAGCUCCACAAAGUGUUCAGUACAGUGGAAUCAGUCAAAGCUAAGCGUAACAGCAUCAUUAUGAAUUGUAAUUCAAAUAUAGCAUAAGCAUCCAUGUAUACUCGAAACGUCCAUUUGAGUUAAGUGGUCUGCUUCGUAGCUGUCACGACUAUUACAUGAAUGUUAAUGUUUUGUCCGUUUCUGAAGUCUAUGUGGGAGGAGGUUGUUUUUUCACUCAACGUCUCCACUCGAGGCUCCUUUUCUUUGUGGUUCUGGAUCUCAAAACAGCCAUAAAAAAACCAGCCUGUUCUGGAUGUGGAAAUGUAGUGCUUAGAAAAAAGAGCUUUGCUAUAAUUAUAAUGAAGAUACACUAACAAAUAUCCUUAGCUUAGUCUUUAAACAGCUUGUUUCAGCACAUACUCAAAUACAGUAAUAGCAUAAUAUGAGAACUUUAGAGUAUAGUGAGUCGUCUGUAUAAGAAGCGAGGUGUGGUUUAACCCCUAAAACUCUGUUUCUUUAACUUAUGAUUUGCUAUUCAGUGACUUCCAUGAAUUAUUCAUGAAGUACUAUUAAGCUAAUACAGUUGUGUGCAAAAGUUUUGUUAAUUUAAAAAUAAAUCAAAUAUGGUGCCUGUGCUCUGCUGUACGACUGUAAAGCCUGAAAUAGUAAUUUGGAAGUCAGAGGUGUUGGGUCUGAUUUUUGUGGGAGCUUUUCGGACCACAUCAUACGUCGUUAGAUUGUAACAUUACGCACUCAGCCUUAGAAAGAAUGUCUGGCUUGAUCUCAAAUGCAAAAUCAGUAUUAUACUGAUGAAGAUGAGGACAAUAGCGGAUAAUAAUUCACUUAUAGCUUUAGAUGUCCUUCGUAGUGUUUUGACCGAGUUCUCUUUGAACAGUCUUUCAGCCCGCUAACAAUCGUCAGAUUCACCCACUCAGGUAAGGGGAAGGAGGCACAAACAAUGUUAUAAAACAUUUGGCCACAUGUUGCGUGCAUUUCCUUCAUAGAGGUCUCCAAAUCACCAAAACGCACAACUUUUGCCUACGACUGUAUGUAAGGUGUGUAGCUAUGAAAGUGAAGAAGGCUGACUUUUCUUCAGCGUUUCAGGGGUUAAAUCUUGGAUAAUGAUGUGAAGAUUCAUGUGUGUGCAUAACUUAAACAUUCCCAAGAGGCACAAAAUGCCCACUGAAAGUUUUCUUUGUAGGGUCUUUUUUUUUUUUUUUUCCUGCUGCUUAUUCCCUGCUUUAGUUUUUCAGUCUGUUUUUCUCUAUAGUCUUGUGCGCUGCCUGUUAUCAUCCCACUACCUGAGUAUAUACCUGUAGUUGCAGUGUAUCUGGCUGCAGGCUGCCUGUAUGUGAUCUGUUAAUUUUUGUUAAAACUCACCCCGCUGCCAUCAAUGACCAGCCAACCCCUGAUCUCUUUCACUGCUUCCACCUGUAGUAUGCUCACAUGAACAAGACUCUUGUAUUGUUUUUGUUUGUUUGUUUGUUUUUGUAGGUUGAUCAAGAGAGCACUUUAACCCAAGUUUUUCAUUAUUAUUAUUAUUAUUAUUAUUAUUAUUAUUAUUAUUAUUAUUAUUAUUCCCUUUUACUCUUGCUAUGUUGGUGUGCAGUUAAUGCAUAUCUGAAGGAUGUUUUUUCGCCUCUUCAUGUCUUUAGGAUUUACACAAUAGUGCCAUUAGCAAGCUACAGUGAGUAAACUGACAUGUACAAAUGAGUAAUGACAAUAUUCAACAGCUCUGCAUACAGUUUAAAUGAAUAUGAAUUGUUUUAUUUGCACAUCAUGUACAUAUUUAAGUAUAGAGAUUUAUAUACAUAAUUUUAUUUUUAAAUAUUUUAGCUAAACUUUUUGAUUUGUCUUUUUUUCCUUCCUUAUUUGAUAAGGUGAAUUCUCUUUAUGCACUUAUGAAAUUUUGCCAGGUCACAGUAAUAUAAGCGUGCAAUCUCUAAUGUCCACGGUCUUUCUGACAUUGCUGUCAUACAAAAUCAAUAAUGAUGUAAUGUAAACAAAGGACAAUAUGUUGUCUCACAUUUUCUAUUUCCAUCUGCAUUUCCAUUCUACUGUCGGCCUGAGUCUUCAGAGCGGCAGCCUUUCAGGAAAUGUCAAACACUUCAGGGUUCUCCAGUUCUUUGGCCUAAUUAUUAUUAAUUCUGAUUAUAAUCAGUGCGCGAUUGAUUUGUUUAGCUCUGGAGCUAUAACAGCAAAAAGGGGACAGUUUGUGCUCAGUUUGGUGUAAAAAAAAAACCAAAAAACAAUCUGUCAAAAAUAGAGGUUUCUUGUGAGAGCAGAUACAAUCACGUGCAAACAUUUGGGUGCCACUGGUAAAGUCAUGUUUAGUUUUUCUGAGGAAAAAGAAGUUAACACAUUCUCUACAAGACACACACAUAUGAUUAGUGUUUAUUAGCUGUAUUGAACAUAUUGGGGAGAAGAAAUAAAACAUAAAAUGGUCAGCAAAAGUAAUAGCAAAUGUUAAGCUUAGCAAAUAGAUAGAAAUUUUAGAUAUGCUAUAUAGAAGGAUGUUAGCUUAUUUUCACUUAAACUAAACAUGGCAUUUGACCAGGAAUUUUGAAAAUCUGCACAAAUCUGCAUAAUUAUACCGUAAAAUAAACAGUUAGGUUUGAUCAAGCCUCUUUAAGAGUAAAUUCACAGAAAAAGACAUUAAUUGUUUAAGACAGGUUUUUGAAUGGCAACACUGGACUAAAAAACUUCUAGAUUGUAUAAAAAAAUAAAACCUUAAAAGCAUC